CCGCUCCCGCUGUGCACAUAUUCCCAGUGCCACCCGCCCGGAAUUUAAAUUUCACUACUCUUGUAUACAAGUAACAAGCUCAUGGUUCUCAGACUAUCUUUCAGAAGACUGAAACUCGUGAAUCAUAAUAUUCAAAAUCGCCUGCAAAGAUACCAUUUUUAUCACUCUCAAGCCAUCGAUUUGGAUAUCGGAGUCCAGCAUGUUCAAGAUGCCCGCCACCCGCUUGAUAAAACUCCUGACAGAGACAGAAAUGAUUACAAUUCCCUGCUUUUUGAGUACUCGAGCGGUGGUUUGAAUGUAGAGGUUAUAAAACUGUUUUUUGACAUUCACCGGUCUGGUUUCUUGAUAAACUGGUGCAGCCUUUCUUGCGUGCUGAAAUCUUGUGGGUGCUUGUUUAACCAAGUUGUUGGGAAACAAAUUCACUGUCACUGUGUGAGAAGUGGGUUUUUAGCAGAUGUUAGUGUGGGGACAUCACUUAUAGACAUGUACAUGAAAACGGGAAGUGUCCUUGAUGGGGAGAGAGUGUUUGAUGAGAUGUGGGAAACGAAUGUGGUGACAUGGACGACACUGAUUACGGGUUAUUCGAGCAAUGGGUUGAUUGAUAGAGCAUUACAAGCUUUCAAAUUUAUGCAAAUGGAAGGGGUCAAGCCUAACCAGUUUACAUUUGCCACAGUCUUUGGAGCUUUGGCAGGUGACGAAACCCCCGAAAAGGGAUUGCAACUGCAUGCAUUGGUCAUCAAGUGCUGUUUGGAUGCAACUUUGUUUGUGGGGAAUUCCCUAAUCAGUGUAUAUUCGAGGUCAGGAAUGGUUGAUGAGGCUAAGGCCGUGUUUGACAUGAUGGAAACCAGAAGUGAAGUCUCAUGGAAUGCCAUGAUUGCCGGUCUUGUGAGCAACAGACAUGAUUUUGAUGCUCUUGAAUUGUUCUGCAAGAUGAGGCUUUCCCAUGUCAAGCACACUAGGGCUACGUGCGUCACGGUUAUUAAAUUAUGCUCAAAUCUCAGGAAUUCUGAACUGGCAAAACAGCUUCAUUCUUGGGUUAUGAAGAGUGAGUACGCAUCCGAUCAGAAUAUCAGAACUGCUCUGAUGGCCUGUUACGCAAAGUGUAGUGAGAUGGAUGAUGCCUUCAAAUUGUUCUCUUCUAUGAUGAAUAGGAAUGUGGUCUCGUGGACAGCAAUGAUUGGGGGAUACCUGAAGAAUAAUUGCAGAUCAGAGGAAGCAGCAAAUCUAUUCUGUCAAAUGAGAAAGGAAAAUGUCAAACCGAACCAUUUCACCUAUUCAACCAUCCUUGCCGCUCAUCCCACCAUCUCUAUCUCCCAAUUACAUUGUGAGAUCAUCAAGACCAAUCAUGAAAGCUCGCCCUUAGUGGCUACUGCAUUGUUAGAUGCUUAUGUUAAGACAGGUCGGAUUGAUGAUGCUUCACAAGUGUUUGAAAAGAUUCAGGAGAAGGACAUAGUUGCUCGGUCUGCAAUGAUAGCUGGUUAUGCCCAAAACGGAGAUACUGAACGGGCUAUAAAAGUUUUUAUCCGGUUGGCAAAUGAAGGGAUGAUCCCAAAUGAAUUCACAUUCUCUAGUGUCAUUAACGCGUGCACCACCUCAGCAUCUGCUGUGGAACAAGGAAAACAGUUUCACGGAUCAUCAAUUAAAUUUGGAUACGAUAAUGCUCUAUGCGUAAGUAGUGCCCUUGUUACCAUGUAUGCUAAAAGAGGAAGCAUAGAGAGCGCAAAUGCGAUUUUCCAAAGACAGAAAGAAAGAGACUUGGUUUCAUGGAACUCUAUGAUCAUAGGAUACGCCCAGCAUGGUUAUGCGCCGAAAGCAUUAGAGGGCUAGUGAAUGAAGGUGAAAAGUAUUUUGACUUUAUGGUAAAAGAUCUGCAAAUCCCUCCGUCCAUGGAAAUCUACUCGUGCAUGGUGGAUUUGUACGGCCGAGCUGGAAUGAUGGAGAAAGCAAUGUCACUGAUCAAUGGGAUGCCCUUCCCUGCUGGUGCUACCGUGUGGCGUACUGUUUUAGCAGCAUGCCGAGUCCA